AUGCCGGCCAACAUAACCCCCACACCGGCCGAAGCCUCCCUCGUUAACCAAAUCUUCCUUCAUGCAGAUCCGCAGAAGUUGGGAGUCAUUACUGGCGACGCUGCAGUGAAGGUCUUUGACGGGUCAAAGCUCCCCGCUGCAGUACUGGGUGAAAUCUGGUCCCUCGCAGAUGAGGACAACAACGGCUGGCUGUCCAAGAAGGGUGUCGCCAUCGUAGUUAGGUUAAUGGGCUGGGCGCAGAAGGGAGAACCCGUCUCAGAAGCCCUGAUACAGAAACCCGGACCUCUACCCAGGAUUGAAGGCAUCAGCACCGUCACCCAACAGAACACCGGAAUGUCCUUGCCCAAGUCUCCGCUACCUUAUUUCCCUCCCCUCUCACCCCAAGAUAAGGAAAAAUUCGAUAGCUAUUUCAUCAAGUACGGAGCAACGAACGGCCUCUUGAGCGGCGAGAAGGCAAGAGACGUCUUCCUCAAGUCAAAACUUCCCAAUGAGCAGCUCCUGCAAAUAUGGAACUUGGCUGAUACACAAGACCGUGGUGCUCUUGAUUCGACCGACUUCGCCAUCGGAAUGUACUUUAUCCAAGGACUAAUGAGUGGGAAGAUCUCAUUUAUUCCGACAUCGCUACCACCUGGGCUCUAUCAGCAAGCAGGCGGUGGUGGGGUCGCUUCCCACAUGACUGGUGGUAGCGGUAACUUCAGCCCAGCCCCAGGAAGCGCUUUUAGCAUCCAACCCCAGUAUACCGGUCAAAGAAGUCAAAUACAACCCAACCACACCGGAAUGUCAAACCAGGCGCGAAGUCCAGCGCUACCUCCCCGUCCAGCUGUCCCUUCCAUUGCUGCAAGGUCACUAAGUCCACCCAUCCGACCACCCGUUUCCGUAGCACCCACACCAGCAUGGGACAUCACACCCGCUGACAAGGCUCGCUUUGACCAAUGGUUCGAUGACUUGGAUAAAGAUAAAGUUGGUUUCAUCGAAGGAUCUGUCGCAGUUCCUUUCAUGAUUCAGUCCGGUUUGCCAGGCGAAGUCUUGGCAGUCGUUUGGGACCUCUCUGACCUUAACAACGAUGGCAAACUAACGCGCGACGGCUUCGCGGUCGCCAUGCAUCUCAUUCAGAGGAAACUUGGCGGCGGGGAGAUCCCGGCUACAUUACCCCCUUCAUUGAUUCCUCCUUCGAUGCGUCAAGCUCAGCCGCCAGCUGCGCCUGAACCUCAGAAGGAUCUGUUCUCAUUCGAUGACUCGCCUCCCGCGUCCCCUGUUCCUUCGCAAGCUACCGGUAAUAAAUACCAAACGCUUCAGCCCCAGCGAACAGGACCUCUUCAAACGAUGACUCCGCAGCCUACUGGCGGACGAUCUGUGUCAAUGCCUUUGGAUCCCUUCGCUGCAUCUCUUCAGCAACCCAACUAUACCGGCUCCGCUCGUAAUCUACUGGAUGAUGACGAGCCAACCACGUCCACCUCUCCACCGCUCCAAGAUCAAUCCGCCGAGAUUGGCAACGUGAAGAAUCAACUCGCCUCCACUAACAAUUCCUUGGAGAAGACUAGGUCUGAUCGUGAAGCCAUCGAACAAUCGCUUGCCACUCAAGCUUCGCAGCUGUCGGCUCUGCAAGUCCAGCUAUCCUCCGCGAAGGCAGCGUAUGAGACCGAGAUCAAGUUGUUUACGACCCUCAAAGAUCGCCAUACCAGUCAACAAGCGGAGAUUGAGAAAAUCCGCCAAGAGUUAAUUAGCGCCGAAAGCGACCUCAGCGCUAAGCGGGUCGAAAAGGCUGAGAUUGAAGGCGCGUUCAUGCGCGACAAGGAGGAUAAGCGAGAGUUGGAGAGGCGAAUGAUCGAAGCGGGGCAGCAAAUUGAGGCAAUCAAGGCUGAAGUCGAGAAGCUCAAGAAGGCCGCCAAGCAGCAGAAGGGGCUGUUGGCGAUUGCAAAGAAACAGUUGGCGACCAAGGAAGCUGAGAGAGCGAAGGCUCAAGACGAGUUGCAGGAAGCCAAUGCAGAGUUGGAGGAGGUUACGAAGGAGACAGAGGAGACAGAGGCUGCUCUCGCUAAGCUUGAGAUGCCUCAACCUAAGCCAGCUGCUCCGCCCAUUCCUCCUCGAGCCACUUCAUCUGAAACCAUUGCGUCAGCCGACACUCUUGCAUUCGCCGCUUCGCAACCUUUGCCCGUCACUCCGGACCCGGUCGUCUCGCCGUCUGCUAGCAUCAAGAGUAACAAUCCUUUCGAAAGGCUCGCUAUGGGCAAUUCGCAAUCUCGCACCGGUUCUCCCUUCUCUCCUUUCCCUUCCGCUCCUGUUGGCAACCCUGCUGAAGACGACGACAUCUUUGCCAGCUUCGCUCAGCCGGAGAAAGCACUUUCAGACGAGGGAGGCGCUCAGUCAACCGAAGGUCUGCCCUACGAUGCGCCUGAACCCGCAAGGACCCAGUCCCCAGAUAACUCUAACAAGUUGACCGUGGAAGCGAGCGAGCAACCUCCAGUUUCUCCUAACGAAACCGAGUUAUUCCACACUCCACCCACGUCUGCGAGGGCUCUUUCGCCCAGCGACACUUCGCUGCAUUCCCUUGAUGGCGCCUCUUCCAAGUUCCCUGCAAUUGACGCGGUCACUGCACAGAUUUCCAAUGAAGUCGCUGCAGCACCAGCUUCCUCCAAGCCUGCUAAUGGGAACGACGACUUUGACGAUCUGUUUGGUAGCGCCAUUCAGGAGAAGGAGAUUGAUGAAUCCGAUUCCUCAGACGAGAGCGACGACGAGAUUCCUUUAGCCGAAUUAAACAAGUCAGGAAACAAGCCCCCUGCAGCUUCCCAGGAUUCUGAGAAGAGCAAGGAAGGUGCCAAACCGGCCGAGAACAAUGCCCAGUCCUUUGACGACAUCUUUGCAUCCUCACCACCGACAAAGCCAACCGAGACUGCACCUCCAGCUGCCACCAGUGACUUUGACGAUAUUUUCAACCCUACCCCAGCCGCUGUCGCAACUCAACCCACUGGAGAUGUUGCCAAGUCAAAUGGAGACGCUGACCUAUUCCCUCCCGUCGACUCGAAGCCAGCUGUAGCAGGGGUUGACGCUUUUGACGAAGCGCUCGGGCUGUCCACCUCUACCGCCAGCAAACCAGCGCCAGCACCAGCCUUCUCCUUCGACGCCGCAUUCGACGACAACUUUGACUUCAGCGCUGCCAAAGCCGACUCGCCGCCAGUAACUGCCGCCGCACAGCCUGCUCAACCUCCAGCGGCCGCAACCAAUGGUGCUUCAUUUGACGACAUCUUCAGUACUGCCGGCCCUGUCAAUGGUCACUCUGGGGAGGCAACCACGUCGACUACCCCGUCUCAAAUUUCGGCCCAGCCCACCGAGGCGCCCAAACCGGAACCCGCUGCAACCUCGUUCGAUGAGGCCUUCAAUCCUGCACCAACCGCAAGUCCCAAACCGGCACCAACUGUCUCGACCAGCUCUCCUCCCCCAACAGCACCCUCCACCAGUCCCUUCCCAACUGGUAGCCCGACCACGUCACCGAAGAACAGUCUGAGCUCUGGCCGCCCCCGACCCUCUUCACCGUUGGCAGUAAGAUCACACACCCCUCCUCCCCGUACUUCCUCACCUAAACCUCGGCUUUCCUCGUCAUCCUCAAAGGACGGACUUGAGAAACCUAAGGAACCUGCUCCAAGGCACUCCAAACUAUCUCUGCGCUUGCCAUUUGGAAAGAAGAAGAACAAGGACAAGCAUGAACCCAUGCCGACGACGUCGAGCUCGCAUCUUACACCUCAUAAGGAGACUCCUGAGAGGUCCGUGACGCCGGCAGGAGAUGACGAUGUGGAGGCGGUGAAGCAGUUGACGGACAUGGGCUUUAGCAGGAGCCAGGCGAUUGAUGCAUUGGAACGAUAUGGGUAUGAUGUUCCGAGAGCUUUGAAUACGCUCCUCGGUGCCCCAUAA